AGCCCAUCGCCUUUCCACCCACACUUUGUGAGGCCCUUGCGGGCCGCUGUCGCUCUGCAGCCAUGAAGACAAAGCCCGUUUCCCACAAGACGGAAAACACGUACCGGUUUCUUACAUUUGCUGAACGACUGGGAAAUGUGAAUAUCGACAUCAUUCACCGAAUUGACAGAACUGCAAGCUACGAUGAGGAGGUUGAAACCUACUUUUUCGAGGGUCUGCUGAAAUGGAGAGAAUUGAACCUUACGGAGCACUUUGGAAAAUUUUACAAAGAAGUUAUUGACAAAUGCCAGUCAUUUAAUCAGUUGGUGUAUCAUCAAAAUGAGAUCGUUCAAAGUUUGAAAACUCACCUACAAAUCAAGAACAGCUUUGCUUAUCAACCCCUUUUGGACUUGGUUGUCCAAUUGGCACGCGAUCUACAGACAGACUUCUACCCCCACUUUCCGGAUUUCUUCCUGACCAUCACCUCCAUCCUGGAGACGCAGGACACGGAGUUGUUAGAAUGGGCGUUCACUUCGCUCUCCUACCUGUACAAGUACCUGUGGAGACUGAUGGUGAAGGACAUGACCAACAUAUACAGCAUGUAUAGCACACUCCUGGCUCAUAAAAAGCUACAUAUAAGAAAUUUUGCCGCUGAAAGCUUUACUUUUCUGAUGAGAAAGGUUCUGGAUAGAGAUGCGCUUUUCAAUCUGAUGUUUCUUGAUCUUGAGGAACAUCCCGAAAAGGUGGAGGGGGUUGGACAGUUGCUGUUUGAGAUGUGCAAAGGAGUCAGAAACAUGUUUCACUCCUGCACAGGGAAGGCGGUGAAGCUACUUUUCCAGAAACUGGGACCGGUCACUGAAACAGAAACUGCCCUGCCUUGGAUUUUAAUUGGAGAAACACUCAAAGUCAUGGUCAAGUCCGCUGCAUUGUACGUCUCCAAAGAACACUUUGGUGUAGCUUUUGAAUGUUUGCAGGAAUCACUCCUGAGCCUGCACGCCAAAGUAACCCAAAGGAACUCUGAGGAUGGUUCUGAGCAGAUGAGAAGGCUGUUGGAAACCUACCUGAUCCUCGUCAAGCACGGGAACGGAGCGAAGAUAACUAACCCAGAGGGUGUGUGCAUGGUGUUGUCUCAAACGUUACAAAUUGCCCAUCUCUCCACGUCUUGCUGCAAAACCCUCUUGGAUGUGAUUUCCGCUUUGCUCCUAGGCGAGCAUGUGUCCUUGCCAGAGGCCCUCAUCAAAGAAACCGUAGAAAAGAUUUUUGAGAGCCGACUUGAAAGACGUUUGCUUUUGGAUUUUUCCGAAGUCAUGUUUCCUAUGAAGCAGUUCGAGCAGCUUUUCCUGCCCAGCCUCCUCCUGUACCUUGAGACUUGCUUCUUGGCGGAUGACGCGAGUGCCACCGACGAAGCUCUGGCGCUUUUGACCAAGCUGGUACUGAGCAAGGCCGCGCCUCCCUCUGCCAGCUCCAUGGCCUCCGAGAAGUAUCCUCUGGCUUUCCCGAAGCAGGAGGCGGGAGCAUGUACACGACAGAGGAGGACGAGGUCCAGGGGAGGAAAGGAGGCCAGGACGGUGCUGGACCACCUCUUGGGCAUGAUCGAGCGGCCGCCCGCCCGGGAUGCUUGCCUCUCGCGCUCUUGGGCAGCCCUCGUCGUGUUGCCUCAUGUUCGACCCCUGGAGAAGGAGAAGGUGGUGCCACCGGUCGCCUGCUUCGUGGAAGCCCUGCUCCUGAGUAUUGACACAGGGAAUUUGGGAAAAGGAAACUUAUUUGUUCUGUGUCAGGCUAUCAGUACUCUUCUCAGUUUGGAAGAAUCUUCUGAAGUACUUCAUUUGGUUCCUGUGGAACGUGUGAAGAAUCUAGUCUUGGCCCUUCCUUCAGAGCCGUCGGUGUUGCUCUUGGCCGAUCUGUAUUAUCAGAGAUUAUCGUUAUGUGGCUGCCGAGGGCCCCUUUCUGAGGAAGCGUUAAUGGAAUUGUUCCCCAAGUUACAAGCAAACAUUUCGACGGGGAUAUCCAAGAUUCGGCUGUUGACAAUAAGGAUCCUAAAUCACUUCGAAGUGCAACUUCCAGAAUUGAUGGAGGACGACGGGCCCUCGGAGCGGCGGUCGGCCUUCGCCAUCCUGCGCCAGGCGGAGCUGGUCCCGGCCACUGUGAGCGAUUACAGGGAGAAGCUGCUGCAUCUGAGGAAGCUCCGGCACGAUGUGGCGCGGACGUCCGUGCCCGACGGGCCCUUGCAGGAGGUGCCGCUCCGAUACUUAUUAGGCAUGUUAUAUAUUAACUUUAGUGCUCUCUGGGACCCAGUGAUUGAACUCAUAAGUUCUCAUGCACACGAAAUGGAAAAUAAGCAGUUCUGGAAAGUCUACUAUGAGCAUCUAGAAAAAGCAGCUACACACGCUGAGGAAGAGCUGCAGAGUGACAGGAGGGAGAAGGCCGCUGGAGACGGGCCUGGGGAGCCGGCCGAGGAGGGCGAUGUGGGCGCACUCUAUCUGGAGCAGUUAGCGCAGAAAACGGACUGCCGGGAACGACUUGACCAUACCAACUACCGCUUCCUGCUCUGGCGGGCUCUGGCCAAGUUCCCCGAGAGGGUCGAGCCACGGUCCCGGGAGCUUUCCCCACUUUUCUUGAGAUUUAUCAACAAUGAGUAUUACCCAGCAGACCUGCAGGUUGCUCCCACCCAGGAUCUGCGGAGAAAAGGCAAAAUGGGGGCCACAGAGGAGCUCGAAGAGGACCAGGCGGCUGACGAGGAGGAGCUGGAGGAAGAGGCAGCGCCCGAAGAUGAGCCGUCACAGAAGAGGAAGACCAGGAGGGCUGCGGCAAAGCAAUUAAUUGCUCAUUUGCAAGUUUUUUCUAAGUUUUCGAAUCCACGGGCCUUAUAUCUAGAAUCUAAAUUGUAUGAACUCUAUCUUCAAUUGUUGCUCCAUCAGGAUCAGACAGUUCAAAGAAUAACCCUGGAUUGCAUCAUGACGUAUAAGCAUCCGCAUCUUCUCCCUUACAGGGAAAACUUGCAAAGAUUGCUUGAAGACAGAACCUUUAAGGAAGAGAUAGUGCAUUUUAGCAUUUCCGAAGAUAAUACCGUAGUGAAAACAGCCCACCGAGCGGAUCUCUUUCCUAUUCUGAUGAGAAUUUUGUAUGGACGAAUGAAGAAUAAGACUGGGAGUAAGACUCAGGGGAAAUCUGCUUCAGGCACCCGCAUGUCCAUUGUUCUGAGGUUCCUCGCUGGGACUCAGCCCGAGGAGAUCCAGAUCUUCUUGGACCUGCUGUUUGAACCUGUGAAGCACUUCAAGAACGGCGAAUGCCAUUCUGCAGUAGUUCAAGCAGUAGAAGAUGUGGAUUUGUCUAAAGUUCUUCCUGUUGGUCGUCAGCAUGGUAUUUUGAAUAGCCUUGAAAUAGUCCUGAAGAACAUAAGUCAUCUGAUCAGUGCCUACUUACCAAAGAUUUUGCAGAUACUCCUCUGCAUGACAGCUACUGUGUCACAGAUCCUUGAUCAACGGGAAAAGAUCCAGCUAAGGUUUCUAAACCCCCUGAAGAACUUAAGGCGCCUGGGAAUUAAAAUGGUCACUGACAUCUUUUCGGACUGGGAGUCAUAUCAAUUCAGGACGGAAGAAAUUGACGCCGUCUUUCAUGGUGCCGUGUGGCCCCAGAUCGGCAGGCUUGGAUCUGAGAGCCAGUAUUCUCCUACGCCUCUCCUGAAACUAAUUAGUGUCUGGAGCAGAAACCCAAGGUACUUCCCUUUCCUGGCAAAACAGAAACCUGGGCACCCAGAAUGUGACAUCUUGACCAAUGUUUUUGCGAUUCUCUCAGCGAAGAAUCUCUCUGAAGCCACAGCUAACAUUGUGAUGGAAAUAACGGAUGAUCUUCUGAGCCUUCCAGAUUUUGAGCCCACAGACACCGUUUUGAGCUUGCCAGUCACUGGAUGUGUAUACACUGAUGAUGCAGAUGAUUCUCUCACAGUUGGAGGACGAUUAAUUCUACCUCAUGUCCCGGCAAUUCUCCAGUAUCUCAGCAACACCACAAUAAGUGCAGAAAAGGUGAAAAAGAAAAAGAAUAGGGCCCAAGUCAGUAAGGAACUCGGCAUUCUUUCCAAGAUCAGCAAGUUCAUGAAGGACAAAGAGCAAAGUUCGGUUCUUAUUACACUUCUACUUCCUUUCCUCCACCGUGGCAAUGUUCCUCAGGAUACAGAGAUGGAUAUUCUAGUGACAAUACAAAAUCUACUGAAGCAUUGUCUGGAGCCUACAAACUUCCUCAAACCGCUAGCAAAACUCUUCUCUGUCAUUAAGAACAAGUUGUCAAGACAGUUGCUUUGUACAGUUUUCCAGAUGCUUUCUGAUUUUGAGAGUGACUUAAAGUACGUGACUGAAGUUGUCAAGCUUAAUGCAUUUGAUCAAAGACAUCUUGACGACAUCAACUUUGACGUUCGCUUCUCGGCAUUCCAGGACAUCACCUCCUACAUUAAAGAAAUGCAAACUGUGGAUGUCAACUAUCUAAUCCCAGUUAUGCAUAACUGUUUCUAUAACCUGGAGCUAGGGGACAUGUCUUUAAGUGAUAACGCCAGCAUGUGUUUGAUGAGCAUCAUCCGGAAACUGGCUGCCUUGAACGCCACAGAGAAGGAGUACAGAGAAAUCAUUCACCGUUCACUCCUGGAGAGACUGAGGAAAGGACUCAAGAGUCAGACGGAGAGUGUUCAACAUGAUUACACCACACUGUUGUCUUGUUUAAUUCAAACCUUCCCAAAUCAACCAGAAUUUAAAGAGUUGGUACAGCUGACUGACUGCCAUGAUCCGGAAAUGGACUUCUUUGAAAAUAUGAAACACAUUCAGAUCCACAGAAGAGCAAGAGCCUUGAAGAAACUGGCAAAACAACUCAUGGAAGGCAAAACCGUGCUGUCUUCUAAAGCUCUGCAGAAUUACAUCAUGCCCUAUGCCAUGACUCCGAUUUUUGAUGAGAAAUUGCUCAAGCAUGAAAAUAUAACCAUUGCUGCCACUGAAGCUAUUGGAGCGAUUUGCAAGCAUCUCUCCUGGUCAGCAUAUAUCUAUUACUUGAAACACUUCAUUCAUGUCUUGCAAACGGGACAGAUCAAUCAAAAGUUAGGUGUGAGUUUGCUAGUAAUAGUGUUAGAUGCAUUCCACUUUGACCACAAAAGCCUUGAAGAACAAAUGAGAAAAAUUCAGAAUGGUGAAAACACAAUAGAAGCGAUUGAGUUAGAAGAGCAAGAAGUCAUGGAGUUAGAACAAAUGACUGAGGAAGAGAUGGAAAAUGGAUGUAAGGACUUGUCAGAUAACAAUAAAGACCUGGAGAACCCUGAGCCUGCUGAUGGGGAAGGGACAGCAGCUGAGGAAGCUGAGGCUGUCCCAACGUCCGUCGCAACCCUUCCGCGGAAUAAGGAAGAGCUGGAGAGAACAAUUAAGAACAUCCAAAGCACCAUUACGGGGGAUAUUCUGCCCAGACUUCACAAGUGCCUGGCAUCUACGACUAAGAGGGAGGAAGAGCACAAGCUCAUAAAAUCGAAGGUUGUGAAUGACGAAGAAGUGGUUCGAGUUCCCCUGGCUUUUGCCAUGGUUAAGCUGAUGCAGUCCCUCCCACGCGAAGUCUUGGAAGCGAAUCUGCCAAGUAUUUUGCUGAAAGUGUGUGCACUCCUCAAGAACAGAGCCCAGGAGAUCAGAGACAUUGCACGCAGCACUCUGGCAAAGAUAAUAGAGGAUCUGGGUGUGCAUUACCUACAGUACAUUUUGAAGGAAUUACAGAGCACCCUUGUCCGGGGAUAUCAGGUCCACGUGCUGACUUUCACCGUCCACAUGUUACUACAAGGUCUCACCAGCAAGCUGCAGGUCGGGGAUCUGGACUCCUGCUUAAAUAUAAUGAUUGAGAUUUUCAAUCACGAGUUGUUCGGUGCCGUCGCUGAGGAGAAGGAGGUCAAGCAGAUCCUUUCGAAAGUCAUGGAGGCCCGACGCAGCAAGAGUUAUGACUCCUACGAAAUCCUGGGCAGGUUCCUAGGGAAAGAGCAGGUGACGAAACUCAUCAUCCCGCUGAAAGAGAUCUUGCAAAACACCACGAGUUUAAAACUAGCCCGGAAAGUUCACGAAACUUUACGUCGAAUCAUUUCGGGGCUAAUUGUAAACCAGGAAAUGACAACAGAAUCCAUCCUGCUGCUCAGUUAUGGCUUGGUCAGCGAAAACCUUCCACUGUUAACAGAGAAAGAAAAAGCCCCAGCAGUCCCCGCGCCGGAUCCACGGCUGCCCCCUCAAAGCUGCCUCCUCCUCCCCCCGACUCCUGCUCGCGGAGGCCAGAAGGCCGUGGUCAGCCGGAAGACCAACAUGCACAUAUUCAUUGAGUCUGGCCUGCGGCUGCUGCACCUGAGUCUGAAGACUUCCAAGAUCAAAUCUUCAAGUGAGAAUGUUCUAGAAAUGUUGGACCCUUUCGUGGCUCUCCUCAUAGACUGCCUCGAUUCUAUGGAUGUGAAGGUGAUCACAGGGGCUCUGCAGUGCCUCAUCUGGGUCUUGAGGUUCCCGCUACCUUCCAUCGAAAGCAAAGCAGAACAGUUGACGAAGCACCUUUUCCUUCUGCUGAAGGACUACGCCAAGCUCGGGGCAGCCAAGGGCCAGAAUUUCCACCUAGCGGUCAGCUGCUUCAAGUGUGUGACCAUUCUGGUGAAGAGAGUGAAGUCUUACCGGAUCACCGAGAAGCAGCUUCAGGUUCUGCUGGCGUACGCAGAGGAGGACAUCUAUGACACUUCCAGACAGGCCACUGCAUUCGGGCUGCUAAAGGCCAUUUUGUCCAGAAAGUUGCUGGUCCCAGAAAUACAUGAUGUCAUGCGCAAAGUCUCCAAGUUGGCAAUUUCCGCACAGAACGAGCCUGUCCGGGUGCAGUGCAGGCAGGUGUUCCUGAAGUACAUUCUUGACUAUCCCCUAGGGGACAAGUUAAGACCAAACUUGGAGUUCGUGCUCGCUCAACUGAAUUAUGAGCACGAGACGGGGAGAGACUCUGCCUUGGAGAUGUUGGCCUUUCUCUUUGACACGUUCCCUCAGGGGCUGCUCCACGAGAACUGCGGGAUGUUCUUCAUCCCUCUCUGUCUGAUGAUGGUCAACGAUGACUCUGCUGUGUGCAAGAAGAUGGCAUCCAUGACCGUCAAGUCCCUGCUCGGCAAAAUCAGCCUGGAGAAGAGAGACUGGCUCUUCGAGAUGGUCACCAGGUGGUUCGGAGCAAAGAAGAGUUUGAACAGACAGCUGGCCGCCCUGGUCUGCGGCCUGUUUGUAGAAAGUGAAGGAGUUGCCUUUGAGAGAAGACUUGGAACGGUGCUCCCUGUGAUUGAGAAGGAAAUUGAUCCUGACAACUUUAACGACAUCAUGGAAGAAACAGAAGAAAAAGCCGCAGACCGUCUUCUGUUCAGUUUUCUUACACUAAUAAGCAAACUCGUCAAAGACUGUAAUAUCAUCCAGUUCACCAAGCCCUCUGAGACUCUGAGUAAAAUCUGGAGCCACGUGCACGCACACCUGCGCCACCCGCACAGCUGGGUGUGGCUCACGGCGGCCCAGAUCUUCGGGCUGUUCUUCGCCGCAUGCCAGCCCGACGAGCUGGUUCAAAAAUGGAAGGCCAAAAAGAAGAAAAAGAAGUGCUCGGAGCCCGUUGCGUUCACCUUCCUCACAGAGGACCUCGAUCAGAAGAUGAAAAGUAUCACCCUAGCCUCAUGCCAUCAGUUGCAUUCCAAGUUCCUGGAUGAAUCUCUUGGAGAGCAGGUUGUCAAGAAUCUGUUGUUCGUGGCCAAAGUCUUAUAUUUGCUGGAGCAUGGCGCGGGUGGGGAUCAAGGUGAACCCAAAGAAGACGCAGGAGAUCUAGAAGCCUCAGGAGACGAUGCGGCCCGCGAGGCCGGGGAGGGCUGUGCCGAGGAGAAGGCGGCAGCCCAGCAGAGGCCAGCCACGCUGCAGUGGCUCAUCCAGAAGCUGUCCCACAUGGCCAAGCUGGAAGCUGCGUAUUCCCCAAGGAUCCUCCUAAAGAGGUCGUGCAUCUUCAAGUUUCUCGGCGCCGUGGCUAUGGAUCUCGGAGCGGAGCGGGUGAAGCCGUAUCUCCCAGGCAUCGUAGCACCCCUGUUCCGGGAACUGAAUAGCACGUACGCGGAGCAAGAUCCUUUGCUGAAGAAUCUAUCCCAGGAAAUCAUUGAGUUACUCAAAAAGCUGGUUGGACUCGAGACUUUCUCAUUAGCCUUUUCCUCCGUACAGAAGCAGGCUAGUGAGAAGAGGGCACUGCGGAAAAAGAGGAAGGCGGUGGAGUUUGUGACUAAUCCCGAUAUUGCUGCCAAGAAAAAACUGAAGAAACACAAAAAUAAAGGUGAAGCCAAGAAGAGAAAGAUAGAAUUUCUGCGUCCAGGCUACAAAGCCAAGAGACAGAAGAGCCACAGCCUCCGAGAUCUGGCGAUAGUGGAAUGAGGCCACCCAGCCGCCAACCUUUGAUCUCGGCACAUCUCACGGUGCCAGCUGCCUGUGUUUUUUGCUCAGAGAAUGGAUGGACCCUCUAGUAUGUUCUGCGAGUCUGAAAUGACAGCAGGUUUUAUUAUUUAAAUUAGCCUUUGGCAUACAUUGUAUAAGAAAUGGUUUUAAUAUUAUGCAUAUAUUUUCUAACUAAAACAUUUUGUCAUAUUACUGUAUCUUCACUGUCUACAAGGCAUGCAGCACUAGCAUUUAUUACCACCAAGAAAAACAGAGAAUUUAGGAA